CUGAAAGUGCGUUGAAGGUGGGCGGAGUGGGGGCUAGAGCAGCCACCAGUUAGGGCAAUAGCGCAACAGCUCCAGCUCCAACUUAGUUGGUUUGUGCCAGGAGCUCCCACUCGGUCGCGUGGGAGAUAAAACACGGGGCUGGAGAGACUGCCGCGCAGGUUCUCUCAGGUUUGUGUACCACUGGUGCGGCACAUUGUCUUGCAAACAACUACAUCGCCAAUUGACUCUGCCGAGUUGUCCUGGCACCGUCACAGCUUGGUGAUUCGACAUCGUCUUCCCAAUUAUUGUCUAGCUCCCAUCUACUUCGCACCGGCUGCCUGUCAUGCUCGUCUCUAUCGGUCGCUCUGCGACUAGACGGCUGGUUUCGGCCGCCCUCACGACUUCUUCCACCAACCUCGUGAUCUUGCAAGCUGCCGCCAGAGUCCGACUCAAUGUACCUGGUAUCCAGAGACGUCUUCCACAAACUCUUCGUGGAUUUGCGACUGGGGGCCGUCCCAAGAAAGGCUCCCCAUCUAGGGCUGUGAAGACCCCGACCAAGAAGCCAGCAAAGAAAUCCACCGCCACCGCCAAACCAAAAGCAAAAAGAAAGCCUGUCAAAAAGACCAAGCCCAAAUCUGCGGCCAAGCCGAAGCCAAAGCCGAAGAAGCCAAAAAUCUCUGCUGAAAGAAAGGCAAUCAACGACCGUCGGGAUUUGAGAGAGACUGCCUUGUUCGCAGAACCAAAGAAUCUGCCUGUAGGUCCCUGGCAGACCUUUAUCUCCGAACGCAUCCAAGGUUCGAAGGGUUCAAAUACGUCUGAGAAAUUCAGCGAGUUUUCCCAAGAAUUCAAAGCCCUAUCCUCCGAUGAGCUCCAGCGACUUAAAUCUAAAUCUGAGUUGGCCAAGACGCAAAACGAGGUGAGCUACAAGGCGUGGGUUGAAUCUCAUACGCCUCAGGAAAUUUUCGAUGCCAACUUGGCUCGAAGAGCCCUGAAGAGAAAAUACAACAUCCCUAAAGGCAGCGUCAAACUCAUCAGCGAUGAGCGUUGGCCCAAGAGACCAAUCUCAGCCUUUACUCUGUUCACCAAGGCUCGAUGGGCGUCUGGCGAAUUCGCAGGUAUUGGCAGGGCCAGUGGCGCGUCUGCGAGAAUUGGACAGGAGUGGAAGAAGCUUACCCCAGCGGAACGCAAGGUGUAUGAAGAUUCUGCCAAGAUGCAGCAGGAGACAUAUCAAAAGGCAGUGGACGCAGUACGUUCCGACAAGUAAGCCAAUACGAGCAAAUCCCCAUGGCCGUAACAAUCAGCAGGCCUACACGUCCGCCUGUAUUUAUAGAUUGUGUGUUCACCCACGGGAGGGUUACGUUAGCUCGGAAAAUAAUUGUGCUCCCUUUCCAUCAUCUUGUCGUUUGUCCACUAGUGUCUCUCUGAGUGGGAUUUCUCCUUCUACCUAGUUUCUGUACAGCCAG